UUACAGGGCCUUGUUUGCAGCUGACGCAUGAUCCAUUUUAAGGCAGCUUACUGAAGUAUCUCUAGAUCCUCCAAACGAUCUUACAGCAGUAACAAUUUAGGUGUAUUACCAGACAUAUGCUGUCCUAAAGGAAUUCCAUCGAUUGUGAGGGGGGGGUUUCACAAGAAGACAUUGGUAAUCUGAGAUGCAGCUGUCACGUUUAUUACCCCGUCUCCAGAGACACACACACGCACACACAUUCUCUUCUGAACAAUUAACUAUUUCCUCUGUUGGCCAGUGGGUGUUGUAGCCAUCGAGUCACAGUGAAAGAAUGUUAAAGUGGACUGAGGCAGAGAGGAGGAGUGAAUGGGGAAGAAAACGAAACAUAGGAAGGUUUGAACAAGAAUGACAGUGGUGUUUGUUUGGCCCUGUGCUACAGAGAAGACUACUCCUAGCUAAAAACUACACACGAGGGUACACUAAAGGGUACAUUCCUCAAAUACGCACACACCACCUACAAGUGCACACACCCACACCCACACAUACCCAAGUGGUCCAGAUAUUUCUUUUGAGUGGCAGGGCCAUGUGGACUCUCUCACAUGUGCUAUUCUGAGCAGGGUUGGGUAAGGGGGAACUCAGAGAGAUGAGAGAGGGGAUAGUGUGGUGGAGUCGAGGGUAUUUUCUCUUUCUGUGCGAGGCGUGCGAGUGAGAGCAGCAGGUCGCGUUCGUCCCGUGGUCCGAUUGCUGCGGGGGUUUGCUGUUUUAGUGCCUUUCUGGCCCGAAGAUGGGUUGCUGUUUUAGCAAGGAGCUAAGCCAGGGCAGGCUGAGCGAGAGGACCAAUCUCCUACAGACCUCCAUCCCUGAUGGCCUGGCUGGGAGAGACCAGGACAGACGGCACACCGCCUCAAUGGUUCAGCGCGUCUGUGUGAUGGCCGAGGUAACUUGCCUUGCCGAUCGGUCGGCUCAACCGAAGCCUCCAGAAGAGGGGGGAGAAAAGGCGUUGACGGGUCGCGAAGACGUGCCGACAGGCCCCGCGGUGAAGACCGGCAGCAGCGGCGGCACGCGAAGCAAAGGGGCUUUCAAACCGGAGCGCACGCACAAGGAGGGGUCUAUUAUUACCACCUCUGCAGGCCCCGGCCCAGACACGCUUCAAGGCACACGCAGGAGCGCAUGCGUGCCGGACGCACUCGCUGCCAAGUCCACGGACAGCUGUGAGACUGCUCCCUAUAUGGACAAGCCAUGCGAGAGUCCGGUGAAACAAAGGAUAGCAGCAAAUGCCACGCUGAGGGCUACCUGGUUCAGCCAGCCAGCCACAGUCCAUGACCAGGGGGGCCCAGGGUGCUGGAGGUCAGCGGCAGCGAGGUCACCCGCUAAUGGCUGCCUAGGUGAUAGCAGCGCUGUUGCGGUGUCCGGUGGCCUGGUCCUGCCAGUUCAACUGUGUGAGGGAGGUCAGCGGGAUUCCCUCAGAGCCCAGCUGGAGGAGGAGGACGAGGAGGAAGAGUGUAUCAUCAGGGCAGCGCUAGGCAAGGGUUUCAGAGCCAGGGCCCAGAGCUUCUACAGCCUCUGUUCCAUAGAUGCAGACGACCUUGACCCUGACCCGUCAGGCACAGCUGAAGCCGAAACAGGUGUUCUGCCCCCCACAACCCUGCCCACAGCCUCUGACCAACUACAGGCAGAGGAAUCCACAGCCUUUGACCAAUCAAAUGAAGCGAAAUCUGUAUUAAAUCUCAAAUCACAUACAACGGAAUCCACAACCUUUGAUCGACCACACGCCACGGAAUCUACGACCACUGUCCGGUCCCGCACGACGGAACACACGGCCCCUGUUGAAGCGGACACACCAGAACCUAAAACCUCGGUGGAGCCUCCCCAGAUAACCUCCUCAGACCCCCUCCCGGACCUCCUCCCUCCUUCCAGCAGCUGGAGGAGCUGUGAGGACCCUAGUCCCUCUUCUCCGGGCAGCCCCGCUACCCCGGAGGACGCGUCCCGGCUUUCCCCGGCCGUGGAUGAGUCCACCCCUGAUAUACUCGGGGCGUCUCACCAGGAAGCACAUGCAGGGGAGGAGGCUGCUCCUGUGGAGGAGGACGUGGCGAUGGACCUGGACGGCGUUGUCUUCACGCCCUCUGAGACAGGAUUGGAAACCAGACAGGAGGUCGAAGACUCUGAAAAGGACGAGAGCGUUCGUGCUGGAGCUUCCAGCUGUGCUGCGUUAGACUGCCUUCCCUUUCAAUCUGCCGCUACAGAGGAGCAGCUAACCCCAGACAUCCUCCCCUCCUGCAUGGAAGCUCAAAUCCUCGGUCCUAGCCCCAGCCCCAGCCCAAGCCCCAGCCCCGUUCCUAACAACCCUAGCCCAAACCCCAGUCCCAGGACAGUGGAUCAAGCCUUGGGUGGAGAGGGUUUGGAGGGGAUGGGGGACCAGGGAGGCUGUCAGGUUGUCCAGGAGAGCGAACACAGUGAAGGAGGUAGUGGAGAAACUGAAGAGGAGCACACGGCUCUCGUCAACACAGGACCGACAUCCACAGGUGGAUCCUCAAUCCGCACUAUAUCUGUAUGGUCACCAACAGAGUUCCCUUACUGCUCGUUCAAGACAGAUAUGGCGCCAGUUAACGCGGAACAGCCGGCACCUGACCAUGACACAGCAAUAUCAAACCAAUCAGAUAUGAGCUCGACUCAAUGUGAAACGACCUUCGAUAUUAGAACUGAACCGGAUGAACAACAAACACAGGUCGACCAGCGAGUAGAUCGCUGGGAUCUCAAACCAGAUGAUCGGGUUAUGGAGCCUGUUGACAAGAACGGGACCUCUUUUAGCGAGCCCGUCCAGGAUGAGGUUCCUGGUCUGGAGGAGGUUUCGCAUCAGUCUGCUGAUGCAGAAGAAGAACCAGAAGCGAAUCUGCUCCAGGAGCUUGAAGAGAGGUCCGACACUGAGACAGGUCCCUUCGGUGGAGACGGUGUGAGGAGCUUACCUUUCUCACCAGAGAGCGUCCAUCUUCUCCACGCCAGUGAAGAUGGAGAGCGGGGCUCUCCAGACCCUGGUACGGAGGACGCACCUACGGUCAACCAAGGAGCACCAUAUGAAAACAAUGUUGAGGUUGUCGACGCACAGAGCACAGGUUCAACCCCUGACGAGAAUAUUGAGCGAGAUCACACCGUAGUUGAAGAAACUUCCAUUGUUAUGAGCUUGGGCUCCCUCUCUGAAGGUUCUGAGGUUAGCGAUAGAUCUGUCUUUGACAACAGCGUGUGCGAAACCCAAGGAUCUCUCGAGGACCCCACCACAUUGAGUGACCCUGGUACAGGGGACAGUGCAUCGGUGGGGUCGUGUCCGAUGUCGGAGGUGCUGGAGGUGGAUCCUGAUCAGGUCGAUGUCUUUGCCUCCACACCUUCCUACCAGAUCCACUUCCUGGAUCAAAGACCGCUUCCUGUUGCCAAUGAAACAGCUGUUGGGGUUGGAGGUCAAGGCGACCAUGGGGAGGGGGGAAUGAGGGAGAUGGUGUCGGAGCUACUGGGGGAGGAAGGACAGUCUUCUCUCUCUGGCCUUUACCCCAACCCCUGGCCAAGGCUGGCUGAGGGCUGUGGAGCCUGGGCCCAGACUCUGUCUGAGACCAUGCCCAGCCAGGGUGAGAGCGAGGUGGGUAGUCAUGCAGAGCAGCUGCCUGCCUGUGCUCCAGAGCUCCAGAGCUCCAUGGCUCUGCUGGGAGUGUACCCCUACAACACCCUGCUACCCCAGGGGUCGUGUUUGUGGGACUGGAGCCCAGAGUAUGCACAGCCUGAUUCCACCACGGUCUCAGUACUCAAUCCCAAUGCACAGGUAUGGGCCAAUCCCACGGCAAGCCUGGACGUCUGUAGCCCCGCCUUCACGGAGGCUGUUCCCUCAUGGCUGGAAGUGCCAAUUGACCUCGCCAGCCAAGAGGGGUAUGAGCCAGAGUACGACCUAGAAAACGUAGGCAUGGCUUGGACGGAACCCAGCAUUCUAGAAUGUCCCGACAUCUCCCAGGACCCGCCUCCCACAGUAGGGCUGAGGGAGCAGCUGAGCGCCACCCUGACUUCCUGUCUGUCCAGGGAGAACCUAGCCAGCGACCUGUACCUGGUCUCUCAGAUGGAUGGCGACCAGUAUGUUUCCAUAGCAACCCUGGCCAAUUUGGAACACAUCAAGAAGCUCAGCACAGACGUGGAACUGAUCUCAGACAUCCUCAAGUCUCUGCCAUUGGUCCAGGUAGCGGAGUGCGGCCAGAAGGUCAGGCCCAAUCAGAGUCGUUGUAUUGUCAUCCUCCGAGAGGUCCCCGAAGACACGCCCCCAGAGGAGGUGCAGGCUCUGUUCCAGGGGGACAACGUUCCCAGGUUCCAGAGCUGUGAGACGUCCACCAACGACAACUGGUUCAUCACCUUCCCAACAGAGGCUGAUGCCCAAAAGGCUUACCAGUACCUGCGAGAGGAGGUGAAGGUGUUUAAAGGGAAGCCUAUAAGGGCAAGGAUCAAGGCCAAGUCCAUGGCCGUCACGUCCUUUGCUCCCAAAAAUGGCUUCAGGCCAAGCCCCCUGGACCCGGUCACCAAUCAGCAAGCCUACGGCCCUUACUAUGCCCCGCCCACCUUCCAGCAGCCUCUCCCACAGCUUUACGAACUGACCAAUGAGGCAUGGGGUGCCAUGACCACAUACCCGGACCCUGCGAUGGUGGCCCAUUUCCCAGGCUUCCUCAACGGCUAUCCAUCGAGUCAGCCGGGCUUCAAACCGUCCAACAGACACAGUCGAGGUUCACGGCGAAGGUCUGGAGACGGCGGUCGCAGCCCCCUGGCCGACUCCUCCUUCCACUCGGAGCGCGGACCAAUGGGCCGAGGCUCGGGCCCGCCCAGGCAAGGACGCCCUCGCUUCCCAGGCAGCGGCCGACGGGACAGCAGGGAGGACAGGGAGGAGCCCGGCAGAGGAGACUUCUCCCCCAGCGCAGAACGAGGGAGGCGAGGGGCCUACGGCGGCAGGAGGAGGAGAGAAGAUAAGACAGCUAGAGCUCCGACCCAGUCCGAGUCCCGUUCCUCGACCCCCGGUCUAGAGCUGGGGCCCACCAGCUUCCCCCCCCUCCCUCCUGCCACAGCUGUCAGCACGGUGGCCUCCGCGCCGAGCGCCAACGACAAGGGUGUGUCCAGCAGCAGACCAGGGUCUGAGACCAGCUGGGGAUCUCAGAACGGCACAGCUCCGCCCCUGGAGACCCCCCUCCCACCGGACCCACCAAACAUGAAGCAGAAGGAGACCGUGGAGAAUGCAGUCAUGACCACAGUUCCUCCGACCGUGAAGGAAGCUCCUCUGGAGAAUGGACCAGCCACGGAAUCCAAGAAGCUAAGCUACGCUGAGAUCUGCCAGAGGGCACAAGCCAAUAAGAAGCUCCCAUCUACUGACCACACCUCCACAGGGGCGGAUCCUGUCCCAGCCUAUCCGGCCCAGCACGCUGAUCCUGCCCAGUUGCCACGGUGACCACUAAGCGGGAGGAGGGAGAAAAAAAAGUUUCUCAGCACCUUUCAACCGCUUGUUGGUUUGGGUCAGGGUAGGGUUUACUGUCAGGACACUGGGCUAGGUUAGUUUCAGGGUUAAAGGUCAUGUUACGGGUUGAAGCAGUGAGGUUGGGAUCUGGGUUUGUUGAUGGGGUGUCCAGGUUUGUCCUGUGGGUCUCAACUGUUUUGUUGAAAUGAAAGUUAUACACGUGCAAGCUUUUGAUUGCUAAAAAUUGACACCACUAGUUAGUAAAAGGUUUGGGUGAGGGUGAGGUAAUAGGUCAUGCUCAAGAUAUGAAGAGAUUGACCUCGAUUUUUAUUUACAAGGAAUUCCUUUUCUCCGGUCUGUUGACUGUGGGGAGUCUGAGUUCUGCGGUUUAGAGGCCAGGGACUUCUAACCACCAAAAAUGAAGAAGCCAAACAAAUCUGAGCCCUGGAGAGGAAGUUGGAAAAAUCCUGUAAAGUUGAAUUGAUUUAGUUAUUUAAUGUCCAGGUUUAGUUUGAAGGGUUUCUGGAGUCAGCUCCUGGGUUCUGUUGACUGCUCUGCUGGGUCUGGGGUUUCUCCUGUACAGAAUGUUCCGUGCUGACUGGACUUGAGACUACCCUGUGUGUAUUCCAUUAUACCCGGCAUCGUUCAGGUCUAGGUCCAGGUCGAGCUGGCCUAAUGCUGCUUGUCUGGCCUCACCAACUGUUCUUUUUUUAACAGCAACCAAAGAUUAAAUGAACGAAGGGGUCACACAUUGCAAAAUUGUGCCGCACACACCACCAUGCUGUUUGUCACAGUCAUUGCGGAGUCUGUACAGCGGAACGCUAGCCUGAAACACUGGAACGCAGCUUGGCCAAUGCUUUAGCGUCCUAUUCUUGUGGAACGGUUAAGACCAGCAGUUGUGUGGAUGGCGAUGCUCAGAUUGUAACUGUAGAUAUGGAUCAGAUGUGGAGGCAGGUCAGAGCCCUGGACUGGAACAGUUCCUCUCAUCCCUAAAAUCUGUUGAACUUCACUGCUAACGAGACUCCCAAGUACCAAAAAUGACCACAAUCACUGUAUAAUAUGAACCCUUUUUUCUUUUCCUGCAUGAUUUUAGGACUUUAAUUUAUUCCGUAAUUUUUUUAUGUUAGACAGAGUGACUCUCGUUUUUGUUGUGUGUUGAUUUGGGGAGGAGCUACACUCUGAUUGGGUGAGAGUGUGAGGUCACAACCUGCAUUCUGUAGGGCAAAGGUCCUGCUGGCUUGUUUACUUCCUGGUUCUGACUCUGAAUGUUGCCAACUGGUGAUGCUAGUGGACAGGUACUACUGACUUCCACACCUGCAGCAGUUUGACUGUAGAUCUGUCGAUCUGGUCAGCAAGCAGGAGAGAAGCCCAUGGAGGUGUGUUUACUGGGUUAAGGGGUUGAGUUUGAGUAUGGGGGGGGGGGGGGAGUUAUCUAGGGAAAGGUGUAUAUAGGCCUGAAACAUUGUUUGAUUGAUAUGGUUUAAGAGUUUUUAUUUGAUUUAGAUUUUGAGGGUGGGGUGGGUGGUUUAUCGAAGGGAUAGUUUCCGUUUUUUUCCGUUCACUUUAUCUGAGUUAUACAUUCAUUUUGUAAACGUGGGUAGUUACCGAAUAAGAAUGAAAGGCACAGUUUCGCUGAAUGUUAUUUUCUGUACAGUUGUAAAUAAUUUUGAAGAAAAAAAGAAUAAAGUGCCUUGUAAAUGAA